CAUUCUAUAAAUUCCCUAACAUUUCUGCACUUAAACCAUCUCUUCUAUCUCUCACCCAAGCUACUCUAAUUCGGCGACAAGGAGAGACGAGCAAAGCUGAGAUGGCUGAACAACAACUAGGAGUGCUGAAGGCACUCGAUGUUGCGAAAACGCAACUUUACCAUUUCACGGCGAUUGUCAUCGCCGGAAUGGGUUUCUUUACAGAUGCUUAUGAUCUGUUUUGCGUCUCCUUGGUGACCAAGCUUCUUGGCCGCCUCUACUACUUCAAUCCGUUGUCAGAAAAGCCUGGUUCACUGCCCCCUCAUGUUGCGGCGGCGGUCAACGGUGUGGCCCUUUGUGGAACCCUUGCUGGUCAGCUUUUCUUUGGAUGGCUGGGUGACAAGCUCGGAAGGAAAAAAGUGUAUGGUAUUACUUUGAUCAUGAUGAUCGUGUGCUCCGUGGCUUCUGGUCUAUCUUUUGGUAACAAAGCCAAGGGUGUCAUGACCACCCUUUGCUUCUUCAGGUUUUGGCUGGGAUUCGGUAUUGGAGGUGAUUACCCUCUUUCUGCUACCAUUAUGUCUGAAUACGCUAACAAGAAGACUCGUGGUGCUUUCAUCGCUGCCGUGUUUGCUAUGCAAGGUGUUGGUAUCUUAGCCGGAGGUUUCGUGGCACUUGCUGUCUCUUCCAUUUUCGACAAAAAGUUUCCAGCUCCGACCUAUGCAGUCAACAGGGCUCUCUCAACGCCUCCACAAGCUGACUAUAUUUGGAGAAUCAUCGUCAUGUUUGGCGCUCUACCUGCAGCUUUGACUUACUACUGGCGUAUGAAGAUGCCUGAAACUGCUCGUUACACCGCUUUGGUUGCAAAGAACAUCAAACAGGCCACACAAGACAUGUCCAAGGUCUUACAAGUGGAGCUUGAGAUGGAGGAAAGAGCAGAGGAUAUCGUUAAAGACCCUAGACUUAACUAUGGCUUGUUCUCCAAAGAGUUUGCCAAACGUCAUGGUCUUCCCCUCCUUGGAUGUACCUCCACAUGGUUCUUGCUUGACAUUGCAUUUUACAGCCAAAACUUGUUUCAAAAAGAUAUCUUUUCAGCUAUUGGAUGGAUCCCAAAGGCAGCAACCAUGAACGGAAUCCACGAGGUUUUCAUGAUUGCUAGGGCACAAACACUCAUUGCACUUUGCAGUACCGUCCCCGGCUAUUGGUUCACGGUUGCAUUUAUUGAUAUUAUGGGAAGGUUUGCGAUUCAGCUAAUGGGUUUCUUCAUGAUGACCGUCUUUAUGUUUGCGAUUGCCUUCCCUUACAACCACUGGAUCAAACCGGACAAUCGUAUCGGUUUCGUGGUUAUGUACUCACUUACCUUUUUCUUUGCUAACUUUGGUCCAAACGCAACCACCUUCAUCGUACCGGCUGAAAUCUUCCCAGCCAGGCUAAGGUCCACAUGCCACGGAAUAUCAGCCGCAACAGGCAAGGCCGGAGCCAUCGUGGGAGCUUUUGGUUUCCUAUACGCAGCUCAACCACAAGACAAGACCAAGACAGAUGCAGGAUAUCCACCGGGCAUCGGAGUCAAGAACUCUCUGAUCAUGCUUGGUGUCAUUAACUUUGUCGGUAUGCUCUUCACCUUCCUUGUCCCUGAACCCAAGGGAAAGUCCCUUGAAGAGCUCUCCGGUGAGGCUGAAGUUGAGAAAUGAUUAAGCUGUCAUAUUGUCAAUUAUUUUUGUUGUUUCCGCUUAUUUAAAUCUUCUUGUGCAAUUUACUGUUUUUUCCGAUGGGUGAUGUGAUGUUUGUAUUUUGUAAUUGUUCACCUCUGCGUUUGUUUUUUGUGAAAGAUCAAUCAAUACUUGGUUGGCAUUUUUAUGGAGUUGAUUGCUUACUUUUGCAACACGA